AUAUUGAGUAUAGGUUGCUCAAGAUCACACAGCUAGUAUAUGGAACAGUCUGUUUCCAUAGUUUGGUUGGAUGCUAUGAGGCCAUCUGGUUGGGCUAAUAGAAUAUGGUGAAAGAUAAUAGUGGUAACUAACUACAAGCUGUCCAUGAUUACGGACAAAAUCAAACCAUAAACUUCCAAUUCGCAGCACAAUAAGGUUCUCAUUGCUUUGGGAUAUACAUAUUUAUAAGCUUUCAAUGCAUCCCUCAGUGAUUUUAACCUCUAAAUGCAUAAACUUCAUGUAUCUUUAGUUUCUUCAGUAGGACUAUCUAGCCUCCAUGCCAAAAAGCCCUGCUUAGUUCACUAGAGAGCCAUAAGUCAAUAAAAAUAAUCUUAGAAACCUAAACAAUAAAUAUAUGAAUUACUUAAAAUGAUACAGAAAGUAUAUUAUAAGGGACAACAGGGUGUACUUAUUAUUUUGUAUUCUGGGAAACGUGAGGGACAAGUGGCCGGCUUUUUUGUGGAGUGUGUAUGAAUUGUUGACCUAGUUAAUGUCUGUGAGUUUUCUAUGUAUAUAUAUGCACAAGUAUAUCCCUAAGUAGGAGCAUUUUUAAAUCCCAAGCAAGGCUCUGCUGUUGCCUCAGGCCCCUCCUGGUUUCCUCCAGUGUCUGAGCAAAUAACUGCGCAGAAGGGCGGGAACUGACUGUGGUUUCCGCCCCUGCUCUUGAGGUUUUCAAACAGGUCCGUUAUAUUAUUAUAAAAGGCUGUGUGGGGUUGUCAGAGUAAUUCUGUUGGGAGGUUUGCGUCUGAGCUUUGACUAUGUCUGGGCGAGGUAAGGGUGGCAAGGGCUUGGGCAAAGGGGGUGCUAAGCGUCACCGUAAGGUGUUGCGAGACAACAUCCAAGGCAUUACGAAGCCUGCGAUCCGGCGUCUUGCUCGUCGUGGCGGAGUAAAGCGUAUUUCUGGCCUUAUCUAUGAAGAGACUCGCGGAGUGUUGAAGGUGUUUUUGGAGAACGUGAUCCGCGAUGCUGUUACUUACACGGAGCAUGCCAAGCGCAAGACUGUUACGGCCAUGGAUGUGGUAUAUGCACUCAAGCGUCAGGGACGCACCCUCUACGGCUUUGGCGGCUAAUUCUUAAAUCCAAUUAUUUUACAAAGUGAAACGGCCCUUUUCAGGGCCACCUAUCCAUUCAUUUGAAGGAGUUGGUAACCAUUUUGUAAUAGUUGCUUUUUGUGAGUGUUUAGUAACGUGAGUCUGUACAUUUCUCAAAUGGUUUCUUCACCAUUUGUUAAUUUUUGUUUAGUACGUUUUCAACUAGUUAAAAGUUAAUUAUUCCAUAAUAAUUAUUCCAUACUUUGUGUGUUUCUAGUGUGCCAUAGUAAAGGGGUGUGACAUUUUAGGACGGCCAACUGCAGGUAACACCUCCGAAUAGUUGUCAGGUAAGCACGGCAGUAGAGGUGGAGGGCAGCAUGGGAGGCAGGUGGCAAAGGCUGGUGCUGCUGCGAACAAUAGGGGAAAAGCCUAGUUGGUGUCUAGCCCCCGGGGCCCUGUUCUAUGCUGAAGAUAAAAUGGCGUCUUCAUGGAGCUCACGUGAGAGGGAGUGUCGGUGGUGAGGACUAGCAAAAAUAGUUUAAAAGUACGCUGAAGGCAGUAAAUCCUGUGGGAGAAACAACGGACGUAGGUAGGAUUCACAAAGUUUUAAGAGUAAUGGUGGAACAGGCCAACUUGUUUGGCUCUGUUUCUCUAAGGUGUCCUCCCAUCUAUCCAGAACUACUGGUUUCUCUCUUUGAAGCCAAAACAAACAAACACUUUUAUUAAUGUAUCCGUGGCCAGUUUAAAUAUAUAGUUAUGCUUACUUUAAAUAUAUAGUUUAAAUAUAUAGUUAUGUCCUUUAUGUUGGCUCUCUAUCGUGAAUAAUGUUAGUCUUUAUUAUGAGUCUUUUACCUUAAAUUACAGAUGAGAGUACUGUGGUUGCAUGCCACAUGUGACAAAAAGUGCUGGAAUGGGCCUUUCCAGCUCAGGUCGUCAUGGUUCAAAUCCUACCUUCUUUCCUCCUACACUUCAGGAAAUGAGACAAAAAUAAAUCAGCAGUGUUCCAGUGGGUUAUUCCAUUUCUUGUUCUUAACCACUGUAGACUUACUGCAAUCUCUUAAAACUGUCAGUAUGCCAUUGUAUUAUUUGGUGUGCUCACAAUAAGUUUUAAUCUGUGAAGAAUAUUGUCUAGGCUGGCAUUUUUCCAAUAAAAUUUGUUCACUUUGUUAUAAUAAAGGCAUAGCUGGACAGGCGGCUGUCUAACCUCCUGGCCUUUCUGGCAGCCGAUGUGAGAAUGUGGCUCAGUUUUUCCCAACAAAUGUCAGUAGAACUUAACAAAAGUUAUUUCCAGUUCUGGGCUUUAAAACUUUUCAUGUUGCCGUAUUCUCUCUUCUCAUGAGUUAUAAUGGAGAUGAUAUUUUGACGCAGUAGAGAACAUCAGGCUCUAGGAGGUGACAGAACACUGACCUGGAAGGAAUGAGGUUUCCUGAUUGAUCACAAG